AUGGACGAGUGGUCGCUUAUGAAUGAGGUUGAUAUAUUGCCAAAGCUUCCUGCUCAAUUCAACGAAUGGUUGGAAUCAAAAAAGUGGACAGAAAGGAGAGAUGCACUUCAGGCGCUUGUUGAUGAACUUACCAAAUCACCACGACUAGAUCCAAAAGCGAAUUACGGUGAACUAACGAAUGCGCUUAAAAAUGUGUUAGCAAAGGAUGCAAAUAUCAACGUGUGUGCUUUAUGUGCUAAAUCUAUCGGUGGAAUUGCAAAUGGCCUUCGCACAAAAUUCGCCCCAUUCGCAUCAAUGUACAUUCCUGUUAUAUUCGAACGGUUCAAAGAGAAGAAGCCAACGCUGAGAGAUCCACUGAUCGAAUGUAUCGAUGCUGUAGCGACCACGAUAAAUUUGGACACGUUAGUAGAGGACAUUUCAGCAUCAAUCGAAAAACCGAAUCCGAAUAUCAAACUACAAGCAUGCAAUUUCAUGUAUCGUGUGAUGAAAAAAUACGCGACAAAUUCGGCACCUAAAAAAUUCAUCAAAGCGGUUGCACCUAUCCUUGUUAAGUUUGCAUCUGAUCCCGACAAAGAAGUACGUGAAGCAGCGUGUGGUGCUCUCGGUUCGAUGAUGCGGCUCACUGGUGAUAAAGUUUUGAACACUUUCAUUGGCAGCAUUCAGGAUGACAAGAUAAAAAUGCAAAAGAUCACAGAAGCUCGCGAUAGAGCUGCAGCAGAGGUUUCUGAAGAAGAAGCGAAACGUGCGCAGGAUUCAGAACUGACGAAUUGCGAUUCUGCUCGAACGAAUGAAGCUGCCGGAAAUCCAGCAUCGUCGCCUCAAGUAUCCGCUGCUGCUGCUUCUGCCAAUGAACCUGAGAUCGAUCCAUGGGACAUGCUUGACCCGGUGGAUGUACUCGCCAAAUUACCGGACAAUUUCAACGAAGGCAUUGAGUCAAAGAAGUGGACCGAACGUCGGGAUGCUCUGCAAACGUUACUCACACUUUGCACUGAGAAUCCAAAAUUAGAUCCGAAAGCGAAUUACGGUGAACAUGUGGCCAUCCUUAAAAAGAUACUGGAAAAAGAUCCAAAUAUCAAUGUUUGUGCGGUCGCUGCGCGGUGUUUGACGGCGUUCGCAAAUGGUUUGCGCAAGAAAUUCGGCAAUUAUACGGCAGUCGUAACACCAGUAAUAUUCGAGAAGUUCAAAGAGAAGAAGCCCGUGCUUCGAGAUCCGCUCAUCGACUGCAUUGAUGCUGUCGCAGCUUCGACGACUCUUGAAGCAAUGAUGGAGGACAUUGAGAAAGCGCUCGAGAAGCCAAAUCCAAACAUCAAAAUUCAGACGAAUCUCUUCCUUUAUCGAGUCUUCAAAAAGCAUAAUGCUCAGACGAUGCCGAAGAAAGUACUGAAAGCAUUCGCACCAGUUAUCAUCAAGCAUACUGGCGAUUCUGAUCCAGAAGUACGCGAAGCGUCGUAUGCGGCCUUAGGUGCAGCGAUGAAGGCAAUCGGUGAAAAAGCGUGUCUCGUUUUGGUUUCGGAUAUCGCUGAAGACAAGCUGAAAAUGACUAAGAUCAAGCAUUUCUGCGAGAAAGCAAUUCAGGAAGCAGGUCCUGAUGUUGUUUCGGUUAUGGUCCAAAGUAUGCACAAGAGUAACCAACGCUCCGAUGCAUCAAAGGGGAACGACAACGCCGAGAAUGACGCCAAAUCGGAUGCGCCUCUUAAACCUCCAGCCCCCGGAGUUGGUAGUAAACUGAACGGUAAACCAUCCGCGAAGAAACCAACAUGUGAAGAGGAAAACGAAGAGGCUGAGGAGUCGAACGCGAAAGGAAAUGGUAAGGAGAGUGCGACAAUUAAGGAAGUAGAAGAGCCUCCAAAGCCGAAAGAUGAAAUCUUUGUGACAAACAAAGAGAAGGCUAUACGUCUCCGUGAUGAGAAGAACUUGAAGUUAUUGAAAUGGAACUUUGAUCAACCAAACGGUGAACAUAUCGAACAGCUGAAGACAUUACUCGGUGGAGUUACGCAAACGAAUCUCUUCGCGAUGUUGUUCAGCAAAGACUUCAAAAUGCAUCUGAAAGCCAUUGAUAGUAUGCAAACGGAGCUAUCUCUGAAUGCAGCUUCAGUCAUGGCCAACUGUGAUCUGAUACUCAAGUGGAUAUCGCUGAGAUUCUUUGAAACGAAUCCAACCGUAUUACUAAAAGUUCUCGAUCUAGCAUUGGCAAUAUUCACUCAGAUUCGUGAUUGUUCAGAACCAUUCACCGAUUCUGAAUUGAACGCUUUCCUGCCUUAUCUCAUUUUGAAGUCUGGUGAUCCAAAAGAUUCGGUUCGUACACCGGUGCGAUCCAUAAUGCAUGUGAUUACGGAGAUUGUCGGGCCGGCCAAGGUAUUUCCACUAGUUUUGGAUGGUCUCAAAACGAAAAAUUCGCGUCAACGAACCGAAUGCCUUCAAGUGUUGGAAGAGUUGCUGGACACGACCGGCAUCGCUGCUACAACCACUCCUGGUCCGUCACUGAAGCAAAUAGCAGCGUGCAUUAGUGAUCGCGAUAAUAACGUCAGAAGUGCGGCCAUCAACGCGGUCGUUGUUGCGUGGAAAGAAGAAGGGGAACGUGUAUUCCAGUUGAUUGGUAAAAUGAACGACAAAGAUAAAGCGAUGCUUGAUGAACGCAUCAAGAGGAGUGGUAUUGUACCAAAGGCUAAAGGGAAACCGGGGCCCGAACGUGCGCCAGGCACUCCGGCUCAAAAUGGACGAGGACGACCAUCGAUAGGCACUGGCGUCAAAGGUCAGCCAGAAAGGGAUUUAAAAAUACAAAUGUGA